UAAAUAAGUGCACUGUGUGUGUCUGGUGCCCAUGGAGCCCAGAUGAGAGUGUUAGAUCCCCAGGAACUGGAGUUAACUGAUGAUUGUAAACUUCCACGUGGAUGUUGAGAACAAAUCCAGGUCCUCUGCAGCAGCAGCCAGUGCUCCUAACCACUGAGCCGUCUCUCCAACCCCAUAAAGAUGGCUUUUCUUCAGUCAGUCUAAAUGUGACUUCUAUGUGUGGAUUGGAAAUGUCACCUGACCCUCCUGUCUCCCUCUGUUCCUGGGUCCCUAUUCUUUUUUAGUGCCUGUUCUGGCUCUCGCUCUAUAGACCAGGCUGGCCUCGAACUCAUAGAGAUCUGCCUGGCUCUGCCUCCUGAGUGCUGGGAUUAAAGGCAUGCACCACUGCCGCCUAGCAGCUGAGUCCCUAUUCUGAGGUCUUCCACUGGUCACAGUGACAAAUGGCUGUGGAAGACCCAGUUGGGGUCUGCUGUCCAGGAAAGUCAGCCUCCACCAGUGGAUUGGUGUAUGCGUGACAGGUCCAAUGCCCAUGCCUAUUUCUUCCCUGGGAAUGUAGCUUCUGUGGUGGUGGUUCCUUAGCUACACGCUCCAAACUUCAGUCAGUCAGCCUGCCUGGCUAUGUUGAAAACCUAGGCUGUAUGUGUAGCCUGACUGUCACUGUAAGGGGUAGAGCUGAGGGGAGGGUAAACAGUGGAGCUCAGAGUUGAUUCUUCAACACAGCCUACCAGCAAGAGCGCUUGAGACAGGAACCCACAUACCUAGAUAACCAGUGUGUCAUUCAUUAAGUUGGGGCAGGUAGGUACUCCCUGCUCCAGAAUGUCUGCCUAAUGGGGAUCUGUCUGCCAGUGUCCCAGCCUACUGGCCUUCUGUCCCGCUAAGCAUAUGGACAGGAUGCUUUUAGUAGGCAGCUGUAUCCCCUAUAGAGGAAUUGCCAUUGCAUCUCUGCAGCAGCAGAUUGUUUUUUUGAGUGACACUUGGAGGGGUUGCCAUGGUUACACAUCUCACUGGUCUGUCACCUCUGUCCUCAGGAACAAAUGCCCUCUAUCUAAGCUGCGGUCCUACCUUCCUUCAGAAGGCUAUGGAUCUGCCUGGCUACACCCAUGUCUGACUUUGGGCCUUUGCACUGGGAGCCCUGCUGUCUCAAAUCCAGCGCAGGAGUGUUUGGUUAGAGCUUCACGCCUUAGCCACAGUAGGGGGAAGGAUGUGAGUCUUGGUCUGAGCAGUGGCGGUUCCCUACCACCUGGUGUCUGGGCUUGCUUUGCAGGACCUGGGGCUUCCUUGCUGGGACACUGCAGAUAAUCAUGAGACUGUACUGCAGGCAGCUCCCCGCUCAGGAGAACGUCUGAGUGUGGUGGGGAGCAAAUGGACCUUAACAUUCCGGGGAUGGGUCACAGGCCUAUUUUUUAGUCAGGGAAAGCUUCCUAGAGAAGGUGCUAACCAUGCCAAAUACGGAAACCAGAAAGGCUGCGAACGAGGGAUGUUAGGUGCCGCAGGUUCCCGGCUCCGGCCUCCUGGGAGAGGCUUCUGCAGCAUGAGUGCAAGAGCUGUGCGCAGGCGGUGGUUCUGGGUCGAGCUGUUUGGUGGGGGACGGCUCUACCCAGGAUGUGCGGCGCGUCGGCGCGUGCGCGUGUGGGGUACGCGCGUGCUCUGCACGUGUGCGCGCAGGGCUGGCAUCUCGGUGACGCCGUCUGAGCUCGGUGCGCGCAAAGCAGAGCAGGCGGAGCGGGCCGGCCGGGGCGGAGCGGAGCGGUCCGCAGAGCAGCCCCUCCCGGCCUCGGCCGACCCCAGCCCUCGGCCCGGCUCUAUGGACAGGAGCUCGCUGCUGCAGCUCAUCCAGGAGCAGCAGCUGGAUCCUGAGAAUACAGGCUUCAUCGGUGCGGACACCUUCGCUGGCCUGGUACACAGCCAUGAGCUGCCCCUGGACCCCACCAAGUUGGACAUGUUGGUGGCUCUGGCUCAGAGCAACGAACGGGGCCAGGUCUGCUACCAGGAGCUGGUGGACCUGGUCAGUGCCAUGAUCAGCAGCAAGCGUUCCAGCAGCUUCAAGAGGGCCAUUGCUAAUGGACAGCGGGCGCUGCCUCGGGACGGACUGCUGGAUGAGCCAGGCCUGGGGGUCUACAAGCGGUUUGUGCGAUACGUGGCCUACGAGAUCCUGCCCUGUGAGGUGGAUCGUCGCUGGUACUUCUACCGGCACCGUAGCUGCCCACCCCCUGUGUUCAUGGCCUCUGUCACCCUUGCCCAGAUCAUCGUGUUCCUGUGCUACGGAGCACGUCUCAACAAGUGGGUGCUCCAGACCUACCACCCCGAAUACAUGAAGAGCCCUCUAGUGUACCACCCGGGACACCGCGCACGCGCCUGGCGCUUCCUCACCUACAUGUUCAUGCAUGUUGGGCUGGAGCAGCUAGGGUUCAACGCCCUCUUGCAGCUGAUGAUCGGGGUGCCCCUGGAGAUGGUACACGGUGUGCUUCGCAUCAGCCUGCUGUACCUGGCAGGUGUGCUGGCAGGCUCCCUGACUGUCUCGAUCACAGACAUGCGUGCCCCUCUCGUAGGGGGCUCUGGAGGGGUCUAUGCCCUGUGCUCGGCACACCUGGCCAACGUUGUCAUGAACUGGGCUGGGAUGCGGUGUCCGUACAAGCUGCUGAGGAUGGUGCUGGCUCUGGUGUGCAUGAGUUCCGAAGUGGGCCGGGCUGUGUGGCUGCGCUUCUCCCCACCACUGCCCGCCUCAGGCCCACAGCCCAGCUUCAUGGCACACCUGGCUGGUGCAGUGGUAGGUGUAAGCAUGGGCCUUACCAUCCUUCGAAGCUAUGAGGAGCGCCUGAGGGACCAGUGCGGCUGGUGGGUGGUGCUACUUGCCUAUGGCACCUUCCUGCUUUUCGCCAUCUUCUGGAACGUCUUUGCCUAUGACCUGCUGGGUGCCGAUAUUCCCCCUCCACCUUGACCUGCUCCUUAGGGCCAUCUGGCUAGAGCCUGGCCUGCAGUGGGUCAGCCGCCAGGUGGGCCUGCAUGUCUGCCCUCUAUGGAUGGACCUCUCAGGGCUGCUCUUCCCCACAGGGGCAGGCGGGCCCUGUGGUCCACCGGGUUGAGGCCAAGUCUUACCGCAGCCCUGGCUGCCCCUCCCGGGCCUUUCUGGGGGAGGGGUGCUACUGGGCCAGGGCUGGGUGGAGGUCCUCGAAUGUGGCUCUAGAGGAGACCCCCCCCCUCCCCACCGAUCCCCAGGACUUGCAGUCUGAGCCUUUUUGGAGAAUGAAUAAAUAUUUUACACAGCA